AUGUGGAAGAAGCUGCCUGGUAUUCAUGAGCUGAGCACAGCCUUGCAGAGCGCCCAGCUGGCCAUCGGAGGAGACCCGGUGGCUGCCCGAGCCAAACUGACGGAGUACAUCGAUGCCUCCAUCCUCGGCUCAGCCGUGGCUUCCGGGGUACAGGCAUGCCGAGGAAAUUGGCGAGAAGCUGAAAGGCUGGGUCGAGGAAGUGGAGAUGUCCUUGGAGGUGUGGUGGAGUCCGUGGGUGAGGGAAGGUCCCACUAUUCGAAGGGGAUUGCCUGCUGUGGACGAAGUCUUCGGUGUGUCGCACGUGAUGAUCCUGCUGGGGGAAACGCUGUCUGGACCGAGUUGUAUCGGUCGGACAGCGUGUUGGGCUGCAUGGCCGUCGCUUUAUAUGAACGAUGCCGAGGUGGCGAUUGGCAUCAGCACAUGGAGCAAAGUGGCAGGGCAUGGCAGGAGGCGCAGCCCGGUGUCGAGAAAGUGUGCCUUGUGGCCGGGGUACUCUUCCGAGCUUUGAGCCUGGAAGGGCUGGGUAAAACAGCAGCAGUUGCUGUCGCAACUUCGCCCUUGUUCGAGGCGCUGGACUUGCCAAUGACCAGUGCAGCGCUGCGAAGACUGGCAGCAGCGGCUGGAUACUACUAG